AUGCCCUUCGAAAACACUCUAGACAUUCUAAAAUUACAAGGAGACGUCAUUAUUGACAUAUUUGAACACAGCGUGUCAAGUUCCUUCGAUGAAAUAGAAUUUAUUGGAAUUCACAUGCUACAAAUAUCAGGAUUUCAAUUGACUUUUAAUACCAGUAAACCAGUUGGAAGAAGACUCGAAACUAUCCAAAUCAAAAAUAAAUACAAUGAAUUCGAAAACAUUAAUCUUUAUAAGUCAUAUGCUGUCAUAGCUCCAUCGUUUCUUGCACGUGGAGGUGAUGGAUACACAAUGAUUAAAACUAACAGAAAGCAUUAUAAAGUUGGAUUACUAGAUAUCGAUUUAAUCGAGAAGUAUAUAUUGAAUAAAUCUCCAAUAUCACCCGAACUUGAUCACAGAAUCAUUAUGUUGAAGUAA